UGUCUCACUGAAAACAGCUGUGAAAAUCUCCUGCAGAUUGUAAUGGCAGUUCCGACCGUCGCUGGGUUUUCAAUUUUGAAGGAUAAAGUGCAGGUGUCAUUCUGGUGCAUUCAUAUUAGCUUGCUGAUGUAUGUGUACGGCGCAGGCAGCGUGGUGUUCUGGACUUCGGAUGCUGAGAAUGUCGGAGACCUCGUCCAGAAUUUGGUCAGUGUCUCCAUUCUAUGCUUCACUGCCAAUAACAGCUAUUGGUUUCUUACGAAAAGACCCCUCAUAAAAGAAGUAGUACGUAAAGUCCGUGAAUCAGAUGAGAUGGCGAGGACGGCAGAGUUCUUAUUAAAAAAACACGAAAGGGCGUUAUUUCUCAUUAAAGUCGUGAUAUUAACGUUUUACUUCAUGAACUGCUCAAACGCUGCUUUCAUUUACAUUCCUGCUAGAAUUGAUGUCAGUAGUCAGUAUAGCAUGCGGCCUUGUGUUGGAUUCCCACUAAACUCAAGCCCAUAUCGAGAGAUCUGUCAAACUCUUCUCCUUGCCGAAGAACUUUCUAUAAUGGCAGUCGUGCUUAACUUCCAAGCCCUGCUGGUGUUCCUGAUAGGUCACACCGCUGUAAUGUACCAGAUGAUGUCAGACGAAAUGCUCAGUUUUACAAGCGCCAAGCACUUUGAUAUCAAGAACAACAAACAUGUCAAGAAAAAGCUGCCGUUCAUGAUUCGACGGCAUGUACUUUUGUUAGACAUUGUCGGUAAUUUGAAAACUCUUUAUAGUGUCCCAAUCGGUAUCAACUUCUUCGGUAACGCUGUCUGCAUCAGUUUCUUCUUCUACUUACCGAUUCAAUCUUGGCUGCCUUUCAUGCCAAUUUUGCUAUAUUGUUUCGUAGUUUUCUUUCUUUACAAUUUCCUUGGACAGAGGUUGAUUGAUGCAUCAGAGUUAUUUGAAAGAGCGGUAUAUGGGUGUGGUUGGGAACGCUUUGAGGUAAAUGAGAGGAAGGCGGUGUUCGUGAUGCUUCGUCAGGCUCAGCAGCCGGUGGAACUUCUGGCGGCGGAUAUAGUGCCCGUGAACAUUUACACAUUCGCAACCACACUGCAGGCUAUGUUCAAAUUCGUUACCGUGGUCAAACUUUAA